AUGAAUCGCGAGGAAAUGAUCUGGGAAUGGUUCAGCGCUGACCCUGAGCGCCUCCGCCUCUCGAGUAGUUUUAUGGAGGCGGACCGUGGAAGCCGGCCGAGCUGGGUGGAGUGGUGUUCGCUCCCUGGACAGCUUGCUAAAGUUUUUGAUGGUGGUGUCGAGGAUGACUUUAUGGUUGAUGUUGCAGGUGGUAGGGGCCAUGAUCUCAAGUCAUUCACGGAUAAAUUCCCCGACGUCAAAGGUCAGUUUAUUCUCGAGGACUUGGGCCAUGUUCUGGAGCAAAGUGUGGACGGGCUUAGGGCGAAGAAGAUUGCGUUCGAUCUGUUCAAGGAACAGCCAUUUAAGGGCGCAUAUGUCUACUACUUGAAAUUCAUUCUCCACGAUUGGUCCGAUGGCCAAUGCCACCGAAUCCUCACGCACAUCCGGGAGGCUAUGCGUCCCGAGUCGAAGCUAAUCAUUGAGGAAUUUAUUCUUCCAGAGAAGGAUUGUCCUAUGCUAUCGGCCAUGUGGGACUGGGAGAUGAUGGUCUUUUGUAACAGUUUCGAGCGCUCGGAGAGCCAUUGGAGGAAAGUCCUGAGUAAAGCUGGUUUCCAAGCAAAGUUCUACUAUCCUCCCGGGGAUGGACAGGUGAGAUUCUUGCAGAGUAAGGGUACGUUCUCCGUGCUAACUAUUCUUGAAUAG